AAUUAAUUGUGCACACGAAAAUGUGAGUGCUCACAGAUACUCGUUCUCAACAUAAAAGAAAAACAAACAUGAAAAAAUGAAGAGAAAAUAUGUAGAAGAAAAAAAAAACCACAUCUCUCCAAUACCACCAAUAUGUUUCCCUUACUCCACCAAACUCAUAACAGCAAAUUCCGGCACCCUUCUCUGCCGCAGCCCACCGCCGCCCACCGCCUUCCCACCUCCCAAGAAGUGGACAGCGACCACCGCAGCCCCAACCAUCGAAGUAAUGUCGUUAAGGAUCAAGAAGCUCAUCCGUUCCCCCUACCGCCACCGGCCCACGACGGCGCAACCAUCGAAGUCCUCCGCCGCCGCCGCGGGCGGCCCCCUGGUUCCAAGAAUAAGCCCAAGCCUCCAGUCAUCAUCACCCGAGAUUCUCCACAGCCCACAAUGAACCCCUACGUUCUCGAGCUACCCGCCGGAGUCGAUGUCGUCGAAUCCACAACUCACUUCUGCCGGAAGCGCAACACUGGCCUCUGCGUACUCAACGGCAACGGAAUAGUCGCUAACGUCACCCUCAAGCAGCCUUCCACCACCCCCGGCACCUCCGUCGCGUUUCACGGUCGUUUCGAUAUUUUAUCAAUCUCCGCCACUAUUAUGCCGGGGGACGGCGGUUUGGCUUCAGGAAACGGGCAGUUCAGUGUAUCGGUGGCGGGCCCGCAGGGGCAGGUGGUGGGUGGGGUUGUGGUUGGGCCUUUGCUAUCAGCUGGGACUGUUUAUCUCAUCGCUGCCACCUUUAAUAAUCCCUCAUUUCACAGACUGCAGCAAGUGGAUUACGAUCAGGAUACGGCUGCCGGAGACGGCGGGCAUAGCUCUCGGAAGGCAGCCUCCGGCGAAAGUGAUAGCGCUGCCGCCCCGGAAUCUGGUGCAAUUUCCAUGUAUAGCUAUCAGCCUUCGGAUGUGAUAUGGGCACCCAAUGCCAGACAGCUGCCGCCACCUCCGCCGCCGCCACCACCGCCUUACUAAUUCUAUUUUUGUCCGUAUGUUUCUUCCUUUUCCUAAAUUCGUUUUGUAAUUUGAUUUAACUUUACAUAAUAUUGUAGGGAGACAUAUAUGUCUUUUUUUAUAUAUUUAU